UCAUGUGCGCUGCACUGCAAUUGACAACGGCUUUACAGCAGUUUGAGAUUCAGGAUCGAGGUUUUGUGUUAUAAAACGUCAUUUCCGGAGACUUUCUUUUGAUUUGUAAGUGCGGCCAGGGAAAGGUGGAGGAGGGCAGUCUCGUCCGCGCCUUCCUUCGGCAAUUAAACCACAGAUCCAACGACGGGAUUGGUGGUCGGCACUCAUUGGAUGCGAGCUGGUGAAGAACUUCUUCUGAUUGACGAUUCCAGCCCAUCUGUCUGUUUAUAUUCCCGAUCUCUCGACUGCAUGAGACGGUUUUCUCACUCAAUCCAUAAGCCAACCCUAACCCUUCUCAAAGACCCCAAAACAAGCCUUUCUCAAACUCCGCCAUUUACACCAGAUUCGAGCUCCCAAACUGAGCACCAUGCCUUUCCAUGAUAUCCGCCUGGGUCACGCACCAAUUACUGAACCCGAACCAACCAAAAACAACCCCAGAUAUAGAAAUACAGAAUGAGCCUGAAAGACAGCUACACCCUCCCGGCGGCCGCCGACAUGCACGUUCACCUGCGCAACGCCCCAGGGCCCAUCGCCUCGCUCGUCACGCCCACGAUCCGCAAGGCCGGCAUCGACACCGUCUUUGUCAUGCCCAACCUCGCCCCGCGGCCCGUCGUCUCAGUUGCCGAGGCUCUCGCCUACAAGCAGUCCCUGCAGCAGCUCGAUGCCGACGUCAACUAUCUCAUGUCGCUUUACUUACACGAGAGCAUCACGCCCGAUGAAAUUCGGGCAGCGAAACGGGAAGGCAUCAAGGGUGUGAAGGCAUACCCCCGCGGUGCGACGACCAACUCGCAGUGGGGCGUCGUGUCGUUUGACCUGUUUCACGACGUGCUCAAGGCCAUGGAGGAGGAGGGCAUUGUGCUGAAUCUGCAUGGUGAGGUGCCUAGCAGUCCGGCCGACGGAGUGACGGUCAUGAACGCCGAGGCGCGCUUCCUGCCGGUGCUCAAGGGGCUAGUCGAGAAGUAUCCCAAGCUGAAGAUUGUGUUGGAGCACUGCACGACGGCCGAUGCCGUUGAGGCGGUCAGAUCGUUGGGUGAUAACGUCGUGGGGACCAUUACAGCGCACCACCUCUCCCUCCUAGUAGACGACUGGUCCGCCAACGUACACCACUACUGCAAACCUUCGGCCAAAUCUCCUGAGGACCGCCGCGCCCUCCUUAACGCCGUGGUUACCAGCAACGGCAAAUUCUUCCUCGGCACCGACAGCGCCCCCCACGACAUAACCGCCAAAAAAGGCAAAGGCAACACCGCAGCAGGCGUCUUCACCCAGCCCUACGCCUUGGGCUAUGUCCUCACGGCGCUAGAAGAAGCCAUAACCCGCGGCGACAUCCCGCCCUCGUCCGUCACAGAGGACGUGCUGAAGGGCUUCUUCUCCGAGUACGGGCGGAAGUUCUAUGAAGUGGAUCCUGCGAAGCAGCAGAUCCGGCUUACGCGCGGCGGGGCCAAGGUUGAGGACUCGUUGAAAGGAAACGGGGUUGAGGUUGUGCCGUUUCGUGCUGGGGAGGAGAUGUGGGGUGUUGAGUGGUUGUAGGGUACCGGUCUCUGGUCUGGUCGGAUUCAAUUCGGGAAUAAAUGUCGUGGAAAAAGGUGAUUGAGGAGGGAGUAGAUAGGGUGGUUUGUCGGGUCAGGUUGGGGGUCAAGAAAGACGGGAAGCAAGAUGCAUGUAAGAAAGCAGCAACUGGGAAAAGGGGGGUUGAGGUGUGGAUGGCAACAGUGGACGAGAGGUGAUGAAUGCUCGCCACCAACCAAGUAUGGCGG